AUGGCGGCUGCGCCCUGGCACCCGGUGCGCAACGACUCGCUGCCGCCCACCUUGACCCCGGCCGUGCCCCCCUCGGUGAAGCUGGGCCUGACCGCCGUCUACACGGCGUUCUACGCGCUGCUCUUCGCGUUCAUCUACGUGCAGCUCUGGCUGGUGCUGCGCUACCGCCACAAGCGGCUCAGCUACCAGAGCGUCUUCCUCUUCCUCUGCCUGCUCUGGGCCUCCCUGCGCACCGUGCUCUUCUCCUUCUACUUCAAAGACGUCGUGGCGGCUAACUCGCUCAGCCCCUUGGGCUUCUGGGUCCUCUACUGCUUCCCCGUGUGCCUCCAGUUCUUCACCUUGACGCUGAUGAACCUGUACUGCACUCAGGUGAUUUUCAAAGCGAAGUCAAAAUAUUCCCCAGAAUUACUCAAAUACCGAUUGCCGCUCUACUUGGUGUCCCUCUUCAUCAGCCUUGUCUUCCUGCUGGUGAACCUGACCUGCGCCGUGUUGGUGAAGACAGGGACCUGGGAGAGGAAAAUCAUUGUCUCAGUGCGCGUGGCCAUCAACGACACACUGUUCGUGCUGUGUGCCAUCUCUCUCUCCCUCUGUCUCUAUAAAAUCUCCAAGAUGUCCCUAGCCAACCUUUACUUGGAGUCUAAGGGCUCCUCCGUGUGUCAAGUCAUUGCCAUCGGGGUGACUGUCAUCCUGCUGUACACAUCUCGAGCCUGCUACAACCUGCUCAUCUUAACCUUUUCUCAGAACAAGAAUGUCCAUUCCUUUGACUACGACUGGUACAACGUAUCUGACCAGGCAGAUUUGAAGAAUCAGCUAGGCGAUGCGGGAUAUGUUGUGUUUGGCGCGGUCCUGUUUGUAUGGGAGCUCUUACCUACUACCUUAGUGGUUUAUUUCUUCCGAGUCAGAGCUCCUACCAAAGAUCCUAUGAACCCUGGGAUGGUCCCCAGCCACGGAUUCAGUCCCAGAUCGUAUUUCUUUGACAACCCUCGGAGAUAUGACAGCGACGACGAUCUUUCCUGGAACACUGCUCCUCAGGGACUUCAGGGAAGUUUUGCUCCAGAUUAUUAUGAUUGGGGGCAACAAACUAACAGCUUCACGGCACAAGUCGGGGCUUUACAAGACUCCUCUAUGGAUCCUGAAAAACCCAGGGACGGCUAGCAAUCGGUGCACAAUACGGUGGAGGAUCCCUCAGCUGAAAAGCUUCAGGAAGACAAGCUUAAGGACAGCUGAAACUUCAAGGCCCUUUCCCUCAAGGAAUUGGACUUAUUUUUAUUUGCUACAGAUUUCUAGUGGCUCCCUAGGACUAAGAAAUCAUUUAGAAUGAUGGGAUCUUAUUUUAGUACUUAAAAGUGAACCUGACUUAUCAGUGGAUAUAAUUUUAAAAAAUUUAAUCUGUACUUUUAUAAAGAUGUAUUUUAUAUAACUUAAAUAAUAAUGCUAACGUCCACUAGGGGGUUUUCUUGAGAAUGUUAUUGCAAUUUUUUGCACACUUCUGUAUAAUUCACUUUAAUACAGGACAAUAUAUGGUCUAAUAAUUUACAAGACUUUUGGACUGCCGUGUUCCUCCGAUCCUUACCUCUUCACGCCACUCACAUUCUGAGUUCUAUAGUUCUAGACUCCUAAAAUAAAAGUAAUAUCUAGAGA